AUGGUAGAUAGUGGAAGGAAAUCCAGUACGGACUCGCUGCUGGCUCCUGCUACUCCAUAUGGAGAAGAAUAUUUGGCAAAGACCAUGUCUCAGAAAGAAACCUACCAGGGUAACGGUGAGCCAAUAAGGAAUAGUGUGGGGUCACAACGGAACUCAAUCAGUUCGGAUCAUUUCUCUGAUGAUGAUGAUGAGAAUAUAGUUAUGGGGUACUCUGCUGAUGUGUCUCUGGAAUUGGGGAUCAAGAGAACUCCAACUAUUCUUGAUAGAAUCCAAAGCAGAUAUUCAUUCUUUAAUGAGAAAUUACAUUCCCAACGUAAGAGUUUGGUAUGGACAUUUUUAACGGUGUACUUCAUUAUGGCUUUCUUUGUGAUCUCCAUUUUUUCUAUCUAUUGGGGGUCCAUGUAUGGACGGGACGGUAGAGUGCGAAACUUAAAGAUGUUGGUUGUGAUAGAGGACGAUAUAGUCAUCAAUGGCACUCAACCAGUUGUUGGGGACUUUUUCCAACAACUACUCACAAAUAAUAAGCAAACUCGUCCCUUAGGAGAUUGGAGAGUUUACAAUUCAUCUACAUUAACGGAAUUGAAAUCUGAUAAGGGAAGAACAACAGAAGAAGAAAUCAUUUAUCAAAUACACCACCAAAAUUUUUGGUCUUCUAUUUGGGUCAAACCAAAUUCAUCAUACAAUUAUGUCCAGGCUUUGGAAUCAAGUGAUCCUUCCUUAUUCAACACUUCAAUCGUGACAAUUUACGAAACAGGAAGAGAUUUCACUAAUGUUCCAGCAUAUGUUACACCACAAAUCCGAAAAAUAGAAUCCAUCUGGUUGGCUCAACAACCAACGAUUUUAGGGCAAUUGUUUAAUAAUACGUUUUUCAAUAUGAAUAAAGAAACUUUUAAAAUUGUUUCAACUCCUUGGAAUUUUGAUUGGGAUGACCUUAUUCCGUUUACAGAUCCUGUACUUGUGGCACCAUCUCAAGUUGGUCUCAUUUAUAUUAUCAUUAUGACAUUUUUCCAAGUUGGUUUCUUUGCUGAUACCCAUAAAAAGGUUGCACAAGAAUUUCAUUUAAAACCCCUUCAUUAUGUGAUGUACAGAUAUUUUUCAGCUUGUAUGACAUAUCUCGUUUUAUCCCUUGCAUAUUGUUUUGUGACAUUGGCCUUCCAAGUUGAUUUUACGAAGGCCUUUGGAAGAGCAGGAUUUGUGGUUUUUUGGAUGUCAAGCUUCUUGACAAUGUUUGUUGUUGGGUUUGCUAAUGAAAUCAUGGGUAUGUUUUUCAUUAUGGUAUAUCCUUCACUUGUGGGAUUUUGGCUUUUGUUUUGGGUUAUCUCCAAUAUUGCUCCUACUUUUGCACCUCUUGCCUUAAGUCCAGAGUUUUUCCGUUAUGGUUACGCAAUGCCCUUACACAAUUCCUAUGAUAUCACAAAGGUCAUCUUCUUCAAUACUUAUAAGGGAGGAUUGGGCCGGAAUUAUGGUAUCUUGGCUGCAUGGGUAGUACUUUUAUCUGCUGCGUUCCCUUUUGUGUUGAAGAUAUUUGGAAACUUUAUGCGCAAACAAAUGGCUGCGGCGCAACAACAGCAAACCCUUCCACCACCAUCACCACCACCAGCUCAAGAUAGCCAAAAUACUAGUAGUGGCACGGACUUGGAAAAGUAA